AUGUCGAGUUCCCUACAAGUCUCAACGGUUCGAAGCGAGGAUCCUUCCAUUGACAAUUCACAAGUCAUUGAUCCGGCCUCACCGAGAAUAUCUGCCUACCUUUCCCCGCCGCGAAAGGAACCAAAAUCCUCGUUGCCAGCUUUGCACGAGCAAAGCACCGAGUGUACACAAUCCGCCUCCGAUGAUUCUGUCUUUGAUAAUGUCGAGGACACACGUCACACGCAACAGAGCGUGACUGGUCGUGCUGGUGGGGCGUAUGCUGACAAUUCAACACGACACGCUCACAAUGAUCCUACCAGACAUAUUUCUAACCUUGGAGGACCUUACCCAACCAGAGGACGGGCUACAAACAGUCAACAUUUCCCUCCUGGAACCUCAAGACUAGAGCAUUCUCAUUCUACUAGUACUUCCGCUCUAGUUGACGACACUGCUACACCGUCCAAACAAGCUACUAAUCAGCAAGGGGCAAGAUCUUCCGAAGCAGCAGCAUCUCAAGCGACGAUGCAGCAGAAUGAUACUUCUUCCAGUAACAACAAGAAUCAGCGAGGAAGUAUUGAAGAGUCAUUGGGCAUUGACUAUGCCCGUUUUGAAGACGAACCAGAGGAGAUGGCCGCUUGGGUGAUCCAUGCUGCCUUGAUUGGUUUUUUCUCGCUAGUUUGCCUCUCUCUGAUUCUUUCCUUUGUGGUGAUUCAGAGCUAUGGAUUCCUCACCCUAGUGUUCCUCGGGUUUCUGAUUGGAUUCUGUAUUGGUCUUGCCAUUUUCGUCGACAGAACCAUCCUACAAAAGAACGAGAAGCUCAAACCGAUUCGCAACAAGAUAGCCUCUGCCGUCACAACAGCCAAGGACGUUAUUCGUGAAGAGAUCAGUUUAUUCAAGAAAGAAUGGAGAGAGUUUCACCUUCUUUUGACGAAUGGAGAAGAUGACAUGGACGGUGCAAAUGGAGAAGCUGACAAAGACGAUGCUUAUGUUAAUGUUGACACCACGACGACCGUACCAAAAAAGAAGAAAAAGAGUGUCAUCUUCAAAAUGGCCAAGCCUUUCUUGGGUGUAAAGAAGAAACUAUUCAAGCGGAAACGAAAACAAGAGAAAACGAAUCAAUCAUCUGCAGCAGUGGAAUUGGUGUAG